AUGCAGGGGAGACGGGAGAGAAUGAUGACGGAAGGGGAGCUGCGCGCCGAGGGCGACGCGGGGCGGAAUCGGCGGAAGGGGGUAGAAAGGCGGAGAGAGGGGGAAAGGGGGAGGGAGGGGGAAAGGAGGAGGAAGGGGGAAAGGGGCAAGGAGGGAGAAAGGAGGGAGGUGGAAGGGGGGAGGGAGGGGAAAAGGAGGAGGGAGGAGAAAGGGGUGGAGAGGGAUUUGCGGAAGAGCGGGGAAGGACGGAGGGAGCAUGCGGUGAGGGAGAGGUAUGCUGGCGAAGGAAGGGAUGCAGUGAGGUGCGGAGGGAUGGAGAAGGAUAAGGCGAGGGGUGGAGGGAUGGAUGCGGAGAGGGCGGAUGCUGUAAAAACCAGCAACAGGGAUGGCGGGUGUAGCAGGGGCGAAGGGUGGGCGUUGGGGCCACAGCAGGCGGGGCAGCGCAGGAAGCGGGUGAAGGCAGUGGCGAUGGCGGCAGGGGGAGGUGCAU